UCUCUUUACCCACACUUGGAGUACUUGUCUAGAUUUGAAGAGCUCAUUCCCCUGGACUGUGUGAAAGACAUCAGGGGGAACGACCAGCUGUUUGCUCUGUUCUCUGAGGAACUGGUGAACAUGACAAUGACAUCAUACCCACAUGACCUGAACAAGUCGUUCUCUGACACACUCCUCAACCUGACCCCACGCCUUUACCAUGAUUUAACUGGAGAAGAUCCAGAGAAUGUCUCUCUUCCCUGGCUGUUUGUUGCCUAUCAGUACAUGCAGGAGAACCAUCAGCAUUUCUACAAUUUGUACCUCCAGAACAAUGGCUUGGUGGCUGCUGGAGAGGCAACAGAGGCAUUAAGUCAGACUAUUGAAAGCCUCCGGCCAAAGGAAGAAAUAAUGAAGGACUUUGUUGGCUGCCAGAAGUGGCUAACAAAAGUCAAGUCGUUGAAGAUGACAGUGGAAGUGAUACUUUCUGAAAACGUCCUGGUGACCAGGCUUAGAGAGAACGGGGAGAUACUCAUCAGAGAAAUCCGGCUUUUUUGGCAAAGCACCCGGAUUAUGUAUCUUCUCAUGGAUCAUCUUCUUCAGGAGGAGACAAACAUGGACAAAAAACUUUUAAAACUUCUUGUUCUAAAUCUAAUUUGGAUGUGGAAGAACCUCAACACUGAGAAUGGAAACAAUAUGGAAUACGUGAUUGAGAAGGUCACAGGAACACUGACAAAAUGUGGAAAUAAUGCUUGCAAUAUUUUCAUGGUUAAGUGCACAUAUUGUGAUAAAGAGUUUACAGAGGAUGACACCGCUAAAGUGGAAUGUGGACACAUGUUCCAUCUAUCAUGUCUGAGGGACCACAGUGAUACAAACUGCAGGAAAUGCAAGAAAAAGAUAAGCACUGACUACAAACCGUGUGGAGUUGUGGACAAGGAAACGUUUUUGAAAGUGAACCGAUUUAGGAGAAAGUGCAACUCCUUCUUUGUUGAGUUCAUGUGGAACUUUUUCCCCACCAAAGUGCAGCUGACUGACAAAAUAGUGGAAAAGCUGAUGAACUACGUGAGAGGCAGCCCAUCUGCAGAAGCUAAAACAUCUGAAGAGUCCACACUGGAGGAAUAUCUGAAGCCUGACCCCACCACUUACUCUCUUGUGCUGAAGAUCUUACUUCGAUGCGGAAUGGAGGAGUCAGCUCCUCAGCUGCAGAGGUUCAUGGAAGCGGCUUUAAGCUCCAGCAAGGACAACACUGAGGAGCUCUACUUCAUGAUGGUGCGCAGCAUAGAGGAUCACAUCCAUUCAUCAAACCAAGGGUGUCUUCUCCAGAAGGCACAGGAGUGUCUCAGCACCUGCAUACUCACCACAUCUGAGCCGGAUGUCAUCACUGCUGAGGACCUUCAUACGAUUGCAAAAUUAAGAUUCGCUCUCUCAGUCGCCUCUGAUAUGAUACACAGUGUAUUAACAGAAGAUGAGCAAGUGACUGCUGCUGAGGGGAAGGAUCAGCUGCUUCAAAGUUUGCAAACGCUCAUAUCAGCCUCCAAAAAUCCAUGGAUACAGAUCUACCUGUUUAGAUACUUGUUCAAAAUAUUUGGAUUCAGCAUCAUUCACCAGUUAGGUGACAAGUUUAAAUGGGCAAUUCCUUCACAGGAAAGCUUCACAGACCAGAACGGACGUGUGACCAGGCCGUAA